AUGGCUCAUCGACAGAAAACGACAAUGUCCCUCAGCUCUGGGGUAAUUUGGUUUGUUCUCACCACAAUCUCGCAGGAUUUGAUAGAUGGUGUAGAUGUACAUGUACCUGACCAAUCUCAUUAUUUACAAAAUGAUCUAUGUAGUCUAGACGGCCUUAAAAACAGAGUACAGAGCCUGCCUUCACAUCAACAUUUCAAGUUUGUUUACGAUAACUGCCAAAUUUAUGCUUAUCCAAAAUAUUUACAGAAGAACAGAAGGAGUGCAAUCAGAAGGCGAAGUAUACAGUCAUCAUCAAUUAUUAAUACCCUGUGUGAAGAUAACAAUUCACACUGGAAUACUACACUGGAAGAUUGCAGCUGUAAUCAAGCGUAUUUCGAGGACGCCUAUGGUACAUGUCGUCCGUGCGUACCGUGCUGCCCUGAGGACGUACAGGUCAUACAUUCAUGUCAACAGCAAGGAUUUAAAGAUGAUAUUUGUCGAGAAGUUGAGGCUUGCAGUACAGGUACAGAUACCAACGUAGAAUGGGCAACUGUUAUUAUUGGAAUCGGAUCAGCAUUACUUGGUUUUAUGAUGAUACUAAUUUUGAUAGUAUGUCUACUACUGCACAGAGACAGGCUACAGAUGAGAUGGAGACGACUGAGAGAUACCAAUGAAUCACAAGGAAAUGAGAACAGACAACAAAACGAACAAACACCAGAAGCGACUUCGCCAGAUUUGACUAAUUUUAUGCCGCCAAAUAUUGAGACUCCAGAUCCCAAUGACAGUCAAGUGUAA